AUGAACGGUACGGAAACAUUUGUUUAUACCAAAUAUGUUUUACAUCGAACUAAGUUCUCCAUUCUACUCUUAUUGCAAGUUCCAGCAAUUAUUCUCUCGCUCCUCAUCUUCAUCUUUUUCGCAAAGAAUCCCACUAUUCGACAAGCUCCUCAUAAUCGAGCUCUCAUCAUACUACUCAUCGUUAACUUCAUGCAGCUAUCAUUAACUCUACCACUCAAUCUCCAUUUCUACAGUCAAGGCUAUGUCAGUCCUGCAACACCAACCUACUGUACAUGGUGGACUUUCAUCGAAUUCACUUUCUAUGUCACCAGCGAAUACUUAAUGGCAACCAUCUCGGUUCAACGACACAUGCUAGUCUUCAACAGCCAUGUUCUCAACAUUCGAUGGAUGCGCAUUACUUUUCACCACGUUCCUCUUCUGUUCUGUCUCACUUAUCCAAUGCUUUUCUAUUUCUUCGUCAUCAUUCUCUAUCCAUGUGAUGGAUCACAAUGGGACUACACAAAUAAUCUCUGUGGCUUUGCUGAUUGUUAUUUGGUGUCGAACAAAGUUCUCGGCACACUUGACUGGUGCAUCAACAAUGGUUUGCCAAUGUUGGUGAAUGCAUUCGCCAACUUGUUGUUAGUCGUUCGUGUAGUACAUCAGAAACGUCGACAGCAUCGACCUGUGACAUGGAAACAACAACGACGCAUGACUAUCCAGUUGUUCUGUAUCUCAAGUCUCUAUUUGAUGGCGUGGUCGCCGUGUCUGAUCGUUGGUGUUGUGCAAAUACUGGGUAAUCCAACAUUUCUUGCUGAAGUCCAAACAGACUACUUUCUGGACAUGAUCUACAUCGUUUGUCUUUUUCUGCCAUGGAUUUGUGUGGGUUUGUUACCUGAACUGCAGAAGUGGAUGAGAGUAUUGUUUGGUUGUGGACCACGUCGAAAUAUCAUCGGAACAAUUACUCAGAUUGGAACUAAGAUGUGA